AUUCACUGCCCCGCGGCUCAGCUGUUGUGCGGCCACCGCGGGAAAAAAAAUCCACGUAACACGUCGGUCCAGUUCCAGGGAGGGACCGUGGACCUACGUGGAUCGUCGCGAUUACAGUCCAUACAAUAUAACGGAAAUAACUUCGCGUGCGUUUUUUUUAGCUAUAACACUGGACGCGUCGGCCCGGGAUAGCGGAGAAUAAAUCUAGGACGAGAGGAAGGAAAAUGGAGUUGGAUGACGGAGUUGUGUACCAGGACGACCCGGGGACGUCGGCGAUAAUGUCGGAGCGAGUCUCGGGCCUGGCCAACUCCAUCUACCGCGAAUUCGAGAGACUCAUCCGCAAAUACGACGAGGACGUGGUGAAGGAGCUCAUGCCGCUGGUCGUGGCGGUCCUGGAGAACCUCGACACGGUGUUCGCCGAGAACCAGGAGCACGAAGUGGAGUUGGAGCUCCUGAAAGAGGACAACGAGCAGCUGAUCACUCAGUAUGAACGAGAGAAAGCGUUGAGGAAACACGCCGAGGAGAGGUUCAUCGAACUUGAGGACUCUCAGGAACAAGAGAAAAAAGAUUUGCAGAACCAUCUGGAAAGUCUGGGAUCACAUUCCCGUCAGCUGGAGCUGAAGAUCAAGAAUUAUGCCGACCAGAUAAGUCGAUUAGAGGAACGUGAAGCCGAACUCAAGCGUGAAUAUAACUCCCUUCACCUGCGGCAUACAGAGAUGAUUCAUAACUACAUGGAACACGUGGAACGAAUCAGACUACAGCAGACAGGAGAGACGUCUGACAUGGGAACAUUGGGCAGAGUUCGGAAAGAGCGCCCCCUGUCUUUGGGUAUCUUCCCCAUGUCUGGAGGGGGCAGUUCACUCACGACUGAUGUUCAGGGCAGAGCGGAGACUCCUGGGAUGGAGGGGUGGAGAUUUAAUCAACUCAGUCAUCAACGAUCCAAUACCAGUCUCAAGUUGGAGGCGGACGGCACUCCAAAGCAAAGCGAGGGUAAGGAUGUUCUGGAAGCUUGGGAAUCGCUGGCAAACGACUGCAAGGACGAGCUUUCUGACCACAGCCAGGGAGGGUCAAAGUCCGUCACACCCAUGUCCACCACGGCCUCUGACCUAGCCCAGGACUCUCAUCGAGAGGACGGGGACGGAUACUGGAAAAAUACAGAGGUUCAGGCAGUUCCGGGUACCAAGACGGUCUCUGCGGGUCUGGAUGAUACAGAAGAGAAGUCAGAUGUUCAGGCUAUCAUCGAAUCCACCCCUGAGCUGGACAUGGACCUCAUUGGAAACAAAGGUUCAAGCACUCCGACCCGAGGCAUUGAGAACAUGGCGUUUGAUCGGAACACGGACUCUCUGUUUGAAGAGGUGUCGUCUGCAGGCACAGGUUUGAUCGGAGACGUGGAUGAAGGAGCGGAUCUGUUGGUGGAGUACUCUGUGCAUGCGCUUUCACACCUGAGUCUGCCUGGCAUGGGUCGAGAAGUGGAGAAUCUAAUUCAGGAAAACGUGCAGCUGUUAGAGACAAAGAACGCCUUGAACGUGGUAAAGAACGAUCUGAUCGCCCGUGUGGAUGAGCUCUCCUGCGAGAAGGAGGUUCUUCAGGGAGAACUCGAAGCGCUUCUGCAGGCCAAAACCAAACUAGAGGAGAAGAACAAAGAGAUCGAGGAGGAACUGAAAAAAGUGAAGGCAGAGUCGGAAGAGGCCAAGCAAAAUAAUAAUAAUAAAGAUGAAGAUGAGAGCGACGUGCCCACAGCGCAGAGGAGGAGAUUCACACGGGUGGAGAUGGCUCGGGUCCUGAUGGAGCGCAACCAGUACAAGGAGAGACUGAUGGAGCUGCAGGAGGCCGUGAGGUGGACGGAGAUGAUCCGAGCUUCAAGGGAGAACACUGAAGUUGCAGAGAAGAAGAGGUCCAGCAUCAGGCAGUUCUUCAGUCGCCUCUUCAGUUCCUCCACGUCCAGCAACACGGCGAGAGCUCUGCCGUCCAACGUCAAGUACAACCCGCCCAGUAUCAUGAAGAAGAGUAACACUUUCUCCCAGUUCCCCCGAGAAAAGUCCAAGGCCUUUGAUUUCCUCAAAGAGGAUGUUGACUCGUCUGGUUCUCUGUCCCGUCGGGAACAAAAGCGAGCCCAGUAUCAGCAUGUAAAAGCUCACAUGCAGAAAGAAGACGGAAGGGUGACGGCUCACGGCUGGAGUCUGCCUGGGAAAUACAAGGUUGCCAAUGGUGGUUAUGCAGAGAACAAGAUGAACUUGCCCGUUCCUGUGUGUCUAAAGCCACUGGAGCAGAAAGAUGCUUCUAUGAAGUUGCUGUGUGCAGCCGGUGUGAAUGUCUCAAGUGGACGGUCGUGUGAUGGAAGCUCUGGUGUUUCUGGUGAAGAACCUGCGGUCGAGACCGAGGCCUCCAAACGGAGGAAAGGAUCUCAAAGCAGCCUGGAUCAGCUGGAACAGCAGCAGAAGGAUCGGGAACAGACAGUUCAGGUGGAGAUGUCCAGUCGGGUUUGGAUCUGUACGAGCACUCACUCCUCCACUAAAGUGAUGAUCAUGGAUGUGACGCAGCCCUCUGACCUCAUCGAUAGUUUCUACGUCUGUAACUCAUGUGUACUUUGCAUCGCCAGUGUACCAGGAGUCUUGGAGACAGACUAUCCUGCCGGGGAGGAGAUUCCUCAGGACCUGGAGGCGGGGCCAGACGUCUUAUUGGCCAGUACCAGCUCUCAGGGUAGUGAGGGUGUGUUGAGUGACGUGUCAGCGGUCGGCUGCAGCGCUGAGGAGUCAGGAUCUCAGACGGGCAGCACGGGAGCCAAUGAGCAGUCAGCAGAACACAGUCCUGUCAAAGGCAGCGUUGAUCUCUCCCGAGCUUCCAGUGAAGAUGGUGUUCCUGCAGCGGAGGAAGCCAUGGAGGCCACUGAAGAAGACCAGGAGAGCCCGGGUCAGGACAACAGUCAGCCAGGAAUCUACACGGAGCACGUCUUCACAGAUCCACUGGGAACAGAAUCCGAUGGGGCGUCUACGGGUGCUGAUAACCAGAGGCAAUCGGAUCAAGACAAGGGUGAGGCAUCUGCGGGUGGACAGACGGGUGCGGUGAUAGAGGAGACCCAGCGGACGAGCAGCGCACUGCCCACUAUGUGGCUGGGGGCUCAGAACGGCUGUUUGUACGUGCACUCGUCUGUUGCUCGCUGGAGGAAAUGUCUUCAUGCUGUCAAGCUGAAGGACUCCAUCUUGAAUAUUGUACAUGUCAAGGGUCGUGUUUUGGUGGCUCUUGCCGAUGGUACGCUGGCCAUCUUCCACAGAGGUCUUGACAGCCAAUGGGAUUUAACCAACUAUCACCUGUUGGACCUGGGCCGGCCGCAUCACUCCAUCCGCUGCAUGACUGUCGUGCAUGAUAAAGUGUGGUGCGGAUAUAGGAACAAGAUCUACGUGAUUCAACCCAGAGCCAUGAAGAUCGAGAAGUCUUUCGGCGCUCACCCGCGUAAGGAGAGCCAGGUGCGUCAGCUGGCCUGGGUGGGUGACGGUAUUUGGGUGUCUAUCCGGCUCGACUCCACCCUCCGCCUGUUUCACGCCCAUACCUUCCAACAUCUCCAGGAUGUUGACAUUGAGCCCUACGUCAGCAAAAUGUUGGGUACAGGAAAACUGGGCUUCUCCUUCGUGAGGAUCACGGCACUGAUGGUUACCUGUAACCGGCUGUGGGUGGGAACAGGAAAUGGUGUCAUCAUCUCUAUUCCACUAUCAGACUCUGUGGGUCAGUGUGGAUUUCUAGGUCAAAGGGCUCAUAAAACCGUGGGAGCGAUCGCAUGUCGUCCAGGUGGGGCGGUUCGGGUGUUUGGUGAUGAAACCGCGGAUACCGGAGUGACAGGAUCAUACGUACCAUAUUGUUCCAUGGCACACGCUCAACUCUGUUUCCACGGCCACAGAGAUGCCGUUAAAUUCUUUGUCACAGUACCAGGUCAAGUUAUUGUACCAGGAGCUGAAGUUGUUCACGAAAACUCAACAGAAGCAUCAGAUGGCAAGAGCAUGCUGAUCAUGAGCGGAGGAGAAGGAUACAUCGAUUUCAGAAUCGGUGAUGAAGAUGGCGGUAUGGGGCGAGAUGAAGAGGAGGAGUCAGUGGAACCCACUUUAAAACUCCAGUCUGCUCCUGCCAAACCUGAGCGCAGUUAUGUCAUAGUUUGGCAGGUUGCUUUAGGCAGCGAGUGACUGACCAAUCACAGCGGCUGUUUUAACAGAGAACUGUGCACCUAGAUCAACGCCACAUGGGCUUCACAAAAUACCUUUCUUAUCAUCAUUAUUAUUAUUAUUAUUAUUAUUACAGACAGUAUUAACAAUUUUAUUCUUAGUAAAUACAUUACAAUGUGUUUUAUUAAUAUUUGUGUUCAAAUGUUUAUUUAAUUGUUUCGUAUGAGUCUGCAUUUAUGCAUAAGAGGUGAACAGAAAUCAGUGUUUAAAUGAAGGAACAAACUAAAUGAAACUCCGCCCACGAACGUGUCACAAAUAAUUACAGUUUCUGUCUUUAAGUCAUGGGAAUGGGAAUCGUGUAAUGUCCUAACCGUCUUAACAGUUUACAGUUUGGCCAAGUGUAUCAUUACUUCAUGGAAAAGGUUUUUUUUUAGCUUCUUUUGUAUUUUCUUGGCUAAGGGUAAUAAGGGAUGAAGCUUUGUGUUGGUGCACUUUAGCUGUGGUAGCAUUGUGUACACUGUAGUUCAUGUACAUAGAAACCCAGAGAGCUAUUUUUGCUAUCUGUACGGCGUUGGUCUUGUGUUCUCAGCGUAAAUUCUUGCCUGCACGAGUCCUGUAUCAUUUACACGUAGAGCACAGGAGCUCUAGAUCAGUAGUUCUCAAACUGGGGGCCCCGAGAUAGAUCCAGGGGGGCCACAGAUUUUGUGGCAUUUUAUGAAAUAUAGAAAUUGAUCAUAGAUUUUAUGCAAUCAAACAUCACAAAAAUAAGACCACCAGACAAAAGAAUUGAUGUUUCAGCAUUGUAUAACCGAAUAUGUUUUUGUUUAAAUAAAAAUGUAAAAUUUAAGAUUAUAAGUCUUUAUUUGGGGGGCCGCAAAGCGAUGCACUCUGGGGGCCUUACAACGAAAAAGUUUGAGAACCACUGAUCUAGAUCGACCGGGCUUACCUGAUGCUAGAGCUUGCUGGCACUUUAAAGACAGUAGCCAACAUAGACACACAUUACAGCGAACAGCAGAUAUAAUAGUGUAACUGAGAUCGUCUGGCCUUUACCAAAGGAUGAAACCUAGAACAAACAGGCCUGAUGGACACUAAAGCCAAGGUUUAUAACACUUCACAACGUUGAGGCUUUUGAUGUUACAGUAUGUGAUUCUCUUAAAUGAAUGAACGUUGGACAAAAUAAUAUUAAUAAAAAUGACAGGGAUUGUAUGAUAAAUUAUUUGUAUUUUUGUGUUAAAUAUUUGUUUUGCUUAAGCAUUUAGCAUUCCAGCUGUUGGUUUUGUAUGUAUUGUAUGUUUACCUGUGAUCCACGGCUCUGGGUUCACGAUUGUGUGUGAUUUUCGUUUAUUCUAAUGAGUUAUUUCUAAUCAGAGCUUUGUUUGUCUUUUCUAUCUGGUCUGCGUGACACUUUUAUCUGUAGUUUGAUGUCUGUUAAAACAAAUGCAACAUUUGGAUUUUUAUGUGAAGGUGAAGAAAAUGA